AUGCGCAGGCUCAGGGGGGGCAGAAUCUGCAGGGCAGGUGGGCGGCUGGAUGGGCGCAGCUCAGAUGCGGUGGAGGUUGCCCAAAACAGCAGUCAUCAACAGGAGCAGGACGAAUCAGAGCCUGGUGCCGAGAAAGACAGGUGGGGACUGGCAGGACGGCGUGCCAGCGUUCAGGGGUUGAGUGGUUGA